AGAAAACUUUUUAGACCGGCUUUUGGCUCACUUUUUGCCAAAGCCAUUGUAAAGUCGACUGCCGAAGGGCAAAAAACGAAGUGAAUUUUCGCCAUAUUUUUCAACGAAGCUGACAAUUCGUCGGCCGAAUACACUCCUAUAUACAAGCGAAUCAAGACCCGGACGAAAAGCCGAGAUUUCAAACGACAGAAACGAAAAACAUCGUUUAUUUGUGAAAACCUUUGCACUUGUUCAAGCAAGCAAGAGGUUCAAGCUGACACCUCCUUUGAUAACCGUGCAAAGCAACUUACACGCACGUAGGAAAGAACGCAAAUGGCUGCUGCCGUGGCUCUGAACUACCCGUCGCCGAACUUCAGCAGCGAAUUUCCCGCCGAGAAUUUCUACUCCGCCCGAUCCUUAGAACAGGCCGCUUCUGUCUCCGAAGCGUCGUCAUUCUCGCCCGUCUCCUCGCCCGAGUUUUUAUCGUUCGAACAAAACACAAUCUCAGACGCAUCAAUUGACAAUUUUGAGUGCGCGAUGAACGAUUUCUACAUCGAGCAGCAGUUGGACAACUCGGCAAGUUUAAAGACCGGUGACGUCAUCAUGCCGCCUCCAAUGACGUCACGAACCACGUAUUCAUCCGACCCGAACAUUUUCCGACGAGAAAGUGCAUCAGACAUUCACGAUAUUUUGAACCCUGGAAUUAGAAACAAUUGCCCAGGUUACCAAGCAAACAGCGCUUCGAACAACAUUUACCAACAAACGAACAACUACAGUAACAUAGAUACCAACAACGGAGCUUGCGUUAACGUCAAUUUCAACGUUGUGGUGAAGCAACAAAACAAUCACCACUACCACAAUUCACCUACGUCACCAACGCAUGACGUCAUCCCACAAAACGCGAUGACGUCACCAGCAGGUAUGACGUCACCACCGGGAAGCCCCAACAUGCUAAACAUCCCUCCUGUUUCGAGUUUCAUCAAAAACUCAGAAGCCAUCUUACACCCAUCGUCCUCACCAACAAUGACGUCAUCACCCGUGACGUCACACACCUAUCCACAAAUGCACCACGAAGAAUAUACCCGAGCGAGGAUCCCUUCCGAAUCCGAGUCAGUGGUAUGCUACGACCAGAGAAGGCAUGCAUCUCUUCCGUCCAUUACUAUCACAAACCUCGACGAAAACGAGUCCAUGAUGCAAGCGUACCAACGUACACGUUCAACUAGUCUCACAACCGAUAGAUGUUCUAUUCCAUCUACUUCCCCUAACCCUGGAUCACCGCCUGUGCAGAUGGCCCAACAGCCAUGCUCGCCAGUGAACAUGGCUAAUACAAAGCAAUACCAAGUCAAAACUGAAGUCAAUACCCAACCAUUAGGAAGCUGGGACAGCAACAUGAUGAUGUAUUCCGAGCCCGCACCGUCCCCCUUUAACGCUAGAAGAUGCAGUUCGGAGGUUGGAGCAAUCAGCACGCCAACGAACGACGGUUUCAUGCCCAUGAACGGUAUGAUCGCACCCAAAAUUGAGAAGUUAUACCCCGAUGAUCAAUACACCGCUAACAACCCAGCUUAUUCGUGUGGAACGACAGGCAUCUCAAAUAGCUACACCAGAAACCCCCAACCCUUAUUCCCACCGAGCCAAAUCAACUUCCCAUCGAUAUUAGAAACCAGUUCAACGGAUACAAUAAUCCAACAACAGUGCCCUGCCGUACACCACCAUAUGACCCAGCAUAGCCAUAUGCAUCACAACAGCGAGAACCGCAGGCAUAGUCACGAGAUCCCACUGCACAGAAGAAAUCACCCAUAUUUGGCAAUGUCUGUACCACCCCCCUACCCACUGGCAGUGAACGGUACAAUUCCGUACAGGCCGAGGUACAGCAGACGAAACAAUCCCGAUCUCGAAAAGAAAAGAGUUCACAAAUGCACCCACGCUGGUUGCACUAAGGCGUACACCAAAAGCUCACAUCUGAAAGCUCACCAAAGAACACACACCGGUGAAAAGCCGUACACUUGCAACUGGCAGGGCUGUGACUGGAGGUUCGCUAGAUCGGAUGAGCUCACGCGUCAUAUGCGUAAACACACCGGUGCCAAGCCAUUUAAGUGCUUGGUGUGCGGAAGGUGCUUUUCGAGGUCCGACCACCUGUCGCUGCACAUGAAGCGACACCAGGCAUAAGAAGAACAGUCUGGCGACAUGGUCUUCCCAUAUUUAUCUCAGGAAAACAAGCGAAGCACAAGUAUUUGCUUUCUAAGUGAUAACUUGGACUGAUGUCCAUGACAGAGCGAAGGACUAACGCACUAACCGCAUACCGUCGUGAUAGUCCGCGGAAGUAUCAUGUUUUUCGCCUUUUUGCACUCGCUAACCAACAAACUAGGCUGCCAGUACGGCGCCUGUGACUGCAAGUACUCACAAAUUUAUUGAGCACCAACGUGCCUUUCCUGUUACUUUUUCGAUCGUGGAGCCCACUGCACUUACACGACUCCCUGUUGUACCAAUCAUAUAUCUCUUCCAAGCCUUAGCGUUCAGUGCUUUCGCCAAAAAAUCAAACGUGUACGCUGCCUCUAGCAGUGCAAUACACAGUUAUCGGUAUACAAUACUAAAGCCUAUGCAAAAAAAACAGGUUUUUCAGCUUAUUAAGAUUAAUGAAAAGUCCGUACUCUGACAGUAUCAAUUUUACACGCUUGCAAAUGGCUCUGUGCGAUCAUGCCUUAUGCUAACACCGCCCAACAUUGUGAAUAUUACUCGUUACAUUGAAACUUUCCACUAACGCCCAAGUUAUACGCGCAAAUCUUUGUUCUCUUUAAGCUGUAAAGAUUUUACGAACAAAAUUGUUUUUGUUACUUUUUAUUUAAUUUCUUUUUAUUUUCGCUUGUAUUGCAUUUCCGCAACAGACAAAAGGGCUCGAGGUUCGGCUGCAAAGCUACCUCGUUCUCUUGCUAAACUUUCGCAUACUCUGCGAUGAAUCUGAGAAGCUGUUUUCCGCACUAACACCCUUUACUGACGCUUGUUGUUGGCUCUUCGGUGUCUCAACGAGCGUCGAACCAGUUCCCUAUACUAACAUGUUCCGUAUUUUGUAUUGCUUUUGUUUUGCGGCUACUGGUCGCAUUUGUGGCCAAAUUCGCAUUCACUCUUCAAUAUAGGCUGUGUCUUAUUGCAGUAGAACGAUCAAAUAUUUUGUUACGUAUACGUGUACUUUCGAAUCAAGAUUUUAUGUUGCAUCGGCAGAGUGGCCGCGAGGUGGCGCGCUGCUACGUCGUAUAUCCUCGUGACGUCAUGGCAAAGAAAUGUUUUAAAUAAAAAAAUUAC